AUGAGUGCCUUCCCCGACACGGAGUGCGUAGUAACGGGCACUCUGAGCAUGAUGCUAAGGAUGUCUCAGAUUGCUGGAGUGGCUCCCCUCAGCUUCAGGAGAACGCACGGCGGCUGGUACAUACGUACCUCACGAGCUGCCAACUGCUACGGGAAGGCGCUGUCUUUCUGUUUGUGGUUCCUAUCAUCAUUCACGAUAGCGAUCGACAUAUUAAUCCAGCCGGAGCGCUCGUUCCGCACUCGGACCAACUCCACACGCAUCGUGUGGCUAGCUGAUGUGGCUACCGUGGCCAUCGUCGUCUGCGCGGCUGCCUUCACCGGCAUCAGCCGCAUGAGGUGUCUCACGGUGUACGCGCUCAAGUUGGAGGAGAUAAACUUACGAUUAUCCUUGUUUCACGAAGAGCCCUCAAACGAGGCCAAUCGCAGGCUGAUCGCCGUGAGUUCCAUGAUCUUCGUAGUCUCCACCAUUCUGGUGGACUACAGCAUAUUUAUAUACCAAGUCAUCACUGAACACGGGAAAAUUGUAACAUCAUGCAUGUACAUAUUCUACAACAUAUCGACAAUAGUACAACAAGUCAUUCUGGUGACAUUCUCGGAGACCGUGACCUCUGUCCUCACCUCGUUGCAGAUGUUGAACAACUGCUUGAAGAACCUGCUGCAAGAAAUUUUAGACAGCUCUGAGUUGACAAACUGUGCGCUAAACUACGACAGCUACAUCAACAUGCACCCCAACAGGUCAGCCAUUCCUAACAAAUCCAUCAACAGCGUUGUUGAUACCAUGGCCGUAUACAAAGGUUAUAGAAAAAGUUCAAUAAAAGCAGUUCCAAGCACAAUUCGACGUCUGGCAUUGCUAUAUUGCUCUAUUUGUGACGUUAUACGCCUAGUAAAUGAUAGCCACGGAUUAAUCCUCGUGGCACUCAUGCUAUGCCUUCUACUGCAUCUGGUCAUCACUCCGUACCAUGUCAUCACUAACAUCUGUGAGUUCAUCAACAAAGAAAGGUCUGAUCGGUCGAGUCCCCUGCUGCAAUUGAACUGGGCUGUUCUUCAUUUUGUCAACUUAUUGCUCAUUGUAGAACCGUGCCAUCGAACACAUGAAGAGAUGGAGCAAACACGUCACCUGAUCAGCCAGAUGAUCCGCUACACGCCAUCAGAGCACGGCGUUCUGCUGACCGAGCUGCAGAUGUUCUACCAGCACCUGAUCCUCAACGAGGUGUCCUACGCACCGCUCAAGAUGUUCUCAUUGAAUAGGUCGCUCAUUGUCACGAUUCUAGGCAGUAUCACAACGUACUUGGUUGUCGUUGUUCAGCUGUAA